CUACACUACCUCGACCGCAGCCUGCCGCCCGCGGAGCUGGAGCCCGACCCUGAGCGGCGCCGGGCUCGACGUGGGGCUUCUGGGCUGCGGCGGCGGGCAGGCGAUGCUCCAGAGGCCUGAGCAGCCAUGGAGGCCGAGGCAGGCGGCCUGGAGGAGCUGACGGACGAGGAGAUGGCGGCGCUGGGCAAGGAGGAGCUGGUGCGGCGUCUACGACGGGAGGAGGCGGCACGCCUGGCGGCUCUGGUGCAGCGCGGCCGCCUCAUGCAGGAGGUGAAUCGGCAGCUGCAGGGUCACCUGGGCGAGAUCCGCGAGCUCAAGCAACUCAACCGGCGCCUACAGGCCGAGAACCGCGAGCUGCGCGACCUCUGCUGCUUCCUAGACUCGGAGCGCCAGCGCGGGCGGCGCGCCGCGCGCCAGUGGCAGCUCUUCGGGACCCAAGCAUCCCGGGCCGUGCGCGAGGACCUGGGCGGUUGUUGGCAGAAGCUGGCCGAGCUUGAGGGCCGCCAGGAGGAGCUGCUGCGGGAGAACCUGGCGCUUAAGGAGCUCUGCCUGGCGCUGGGCGAGGAGUGGGGCCCCCGCGGCGGCCCCGGUGGCGCGGGGGGCUCAGGCGCCGGGCCGACGCCCGAGCUCGCCUUGCCCCCCUGCGGACCCCGCGACCUGGGCGAUGGAAGCUCCAGCACCGGCAGCGUGGGCAGUCCGGAUCAGUUGCCCCUGGCCUGCUCCCCAGAUGACUGAGAGCGCAGCUUCCUUCGCGCCGACGCCCGCCCGGAUUGCUUCCCAAGCGCCGGGAUUGCGGUGGACCUCGGGAGCUGGACGCCACUCCGGCUGCGCACGAGGAGCCGCUGGCAUGAACUUAGAAACCCUGGGACUGAGGAGGGCCCCUCGCUCUCGCUGGCGGAGCAGCAGGGGGACUGGAGGCUGGAGCGGAGGGACUUGCUGGGGGCUGGGUGGGGGCUAAUAAACUGGGACGGAAGCAGAGCCGGUGACUUGGGCAGCGUCUGUUUGGGACUCGCCGGGGUUGGGACGAGGGCGGGCACGUUGAGACGGGGUACCAUUUCCAUCCAGAGGGACUGCAGAACUAAGGUGGCUGACUCUCCCGUUACCCCAAGCCUGGCGGGGGGAUAUGGGACAGUAGUAAGCCCCCUGACUUCCCCAAUCAGGCCCAGGGACAGGCCAUGAUCCGGCCCCUGAAGUGGCUCCAGCUCCCUUCCCGGCUCCUUCCUGUCCGAGACAAUGGGGCAGGAAGCAGGUGUUGGGGGCCUAGAACCCACUAGCAGCCUCCCCUGAGGCUGGAAGGGACAUGACAGCGCCCUCCUGUGGCACACGCAGGAGCUCUGUGGGCCCCCAGCAAGAGGAGGAUAAUCUUGGCUUGCACCCCACAGCACUGUCUUCCUCCUCUCAGUCCUGGAGAUGAGGCAGAGCAGAUGUAGCCUCAUUUGUCAGAUAAGAUAGUCGAGGUCCAAAAAUAUCAAAGAAUUUGUCCAAGGUCAUGCCGUCAGUCGGUGGAGCGGAGACCGGAGCCUAGGGUUUCUGGUUCCAAGUGUUCUCCCUUUAGCCUCUGGGUCCAAUGAGACCAGGCCAGAGCUUCAAGCCUUUUAUUCCAUUUUGGCAGGUUUGUAUAAAAAUACUCUCUUUAGGAAAAUAAAUAGCAGCUGCCCUCGCU